GUUCCACUGAAUGUCACGUAAUUGUUCGUAUCUCAGGAAAAAGAGACACGCACUCGCCAAAGCCACAAAGUCAGGGAGACUCAACCAAUGGUCCCCCACAUAGGCAGGUCUGUCUCACGUCCAGCAAUCAAAGCGAAUCGACCGCACCGCCACUCCACUUAGCUAUACAAGUACAUAUAUAUGUAGAUCCGCAUACACACAGAGAUAGAGUGAAACAGAGAUAGAGAGAGAAACAGACAGCCUCAACCAAUCGAUGGAUGAUCUGGAGGACGCCAGAUCCCACCCACGACUCACUCACUCAUGGAUUCAUGAGGAAAAAGUGACCUUGCCGAUCUCUGUAGAUAUGCACACCACACUCACACCAACCAAGUAUAUAUAGCAAAAUGCCGCACAUACGAUGCGAUUCAGGAAAAAACCACCGCCUCAUCCAUCCAUCCAUCCAGCCAGCCAGCCGCCAGUCAGUUUGGCUCCUCAUUGUCACUGUCCUGGUAGAUUCCCUGCAGUGCCUUGGGCCGCCAGGAGCCGUCGCCCAUGGGGGCGUGGUGCAUGAAGAAAUGCACCACCUGCCGCGUGGAUGGCCGGUCAUCUGGCUCGAACGCCCACAGCUGCGAGAUGAGGUGCCGGAUGGGGAAGGGCGCCCCGGGGGCGAUGCGCUGCGGGGGCAGACGCUCGACCAACACGCGACGCCGCAUCUCGUCGGGGUCCUGUGUACACACACACACACACACACAUACACAAUGAUGCAGGCCAUCGUGGUUGUUGGGACGGGAUGUGAUUUGAUGUGUGUGCCGACCGUUUCGAUCUCUUCGCCACCCCAGAUGAUGUUAAGGAUGCAGCCAAGAGACCACAGAUCACACGCCAAGCCAACGUCCUGCACACACCACACCACCCACGUGUGUGCAGUGCAUUGGUGUGGUUGAAUGCCACACAUCACAUGCAUACCUGCACGUUAGAGUCGAGGGACUCAGGCGGCGAGUACUCGACAGUGUAGCGGAAGAAGUCGUCCUUCUGCAGGACACCACCCUCCGGCAACUGCACCAUGGCCCCCAGGUCCAUCAGCAUCAGACGACGGCCGAUCUCACGGCACUCGGGCAAAUACUAAAGAAGGGCGGACAGCGCCACAGAGAGCAGCAGAGAGCAAAGGAUCUUCUGAGUGUGUGCAGUGUUUGUCCGGUCAUGUAGCUUACGAGCAUAUGUUGUGCCUUGAAGUUCAUGAGCAGCCUGCCCUGCUCGUGGCAUGCGGCCACCAUCUCCACCAGGCUGUGGCUCAGCUCCAGCGCCUCAGCACACGUCAACACGCGACCGCUGGUGCGCGGAGACAAAUGCUGAACCAACAGGACCGCCCAGCCCAUUAAUCACACGUACCCUUUCUCUUUUGUGAACACCCCUGCUCUGCCUACCUCGUGGAGUCCGAUGGCUGUGUAUGCCUCCGAGCCGCUGGCGGGCAGCUCGACAGCGACGGCAGGUCUGGGCAUGAUGGCCUCCAGUAGCUCCAGGGGCUGCAGGUCACUGGGGGACGAGGGGAGGUCAGACACCGGCGUGAAGGCAAACGACACACCUGACACACAGAGAGACAACAAGACAGGACAAGACAAGACAGAUCAGGGGGUUCACGAUGGAUGGAUGCAUAGGUUUUUCUGGGUAGGUGACCGACUUACCGCUGAGUCGGCCUAUGAAUGGCAUCUUCCGGGCUAUGGUGCACUCGUAGAAGUUGACGCACUCCCGUACAGCCGCAUCGAACACAGUCAGACCUGCACACACACAGACGUCGUCAUUAGAGCGUGCCAGGAUCCCACUCGUGCGCUCAGACAUACACACCGAGCUCUGUGUUGUAGACGCGCAAGGCCACAGCCUGCUCUGUGCCGAAGGGCUGGUCAUCACCGUGGAACAAGUCAGCACGAUAUGUCUGCACCCACACCCACACACACACGGCAAUAUAAUGCCCAUCACAUACGCCACGCCGGCAUUGCUGUCAUCCUGCUCUCACUCACCACUGCGAAAGUGCCAUCCCGCAGCACCACAGGAGACCCGUUCCGCAUGUGCACGUCGGUGUUGUCUUUUGUGAACCGCCAGUCCUUCUUCAGGGGCUCGGGAAGCUUCUCGAGUGCCAUCUUCUUGGCCAGGGCGAAGUUGCCCAGCAUGUCCACCACUAUGCGCCACCGAUACGAGUCGCCACGCUCGCGAAGGGACGCCUGCAGCACAGACACGCCACCCACGUGUGUAGAUGUGAGUGAGGCAGAUGGGUGUGGGCCCAGGGCUGGUAUGCCGUACCUGUUGAUACGUCUCUAGCAGCCUGCCGACGUCGGACUGCAUGAAGUCGUUUUCGUUGUCCCACUGCUCCUCCCACAGGGCCUUGGCGCGCCGGAACAGCGACGAGGGGGCGGGCACUCGCUGACACCUCUGGGCCUCCCUCACCAACACAUCGUACACCUACACGUGAAAAAACAGGGGUAUUCUUAAGGCGUUCGGCCUUGCUCUCACGUGUGUUUGUGCACUUACGUGUCCGAUGGAAGGUCUGUCCAUCUGGUUUGGUUGCAGCAUGGUGCACAGGAGCUCCUGGAUGGCUGCAGGGGCGACCUUGGGCAGUCUGAGGUACGGCAAACCGUUCUCAACGAUGUACGCCUCGAUGUCAUGAUAGUCCUGAUACACCACACAGCCACAGAGGUUACGCUGGCUCCCUCUACGUGUGUAUCCGGUGUCCCUUUGUUUCUCACUCACUGCGAAUGAAAACUCCUCUCCGCCCCAGAUGACGGCGAGAAUGCAGCCCAGCAGCCAGAUGUCGGUCGCCUUGUCCACACACUGAUACAUACAUCGACACAGGGAGGGAGGGAAGAUGAGCACACACCACCCCAUGGCUGGAAUCCCUUCACUCUCUGACUGACCUGGACGUCAGGAUCGAACACCUCCGGCGGGCUGAACGCAGGUGUCGUUCGGUAACCUGCACACACACACAUGACACCACAAACAUCAAUGCAUGACAGCGUCUCCCUGUAUCAGUCGAUUGCCCCUGGCUGCUCACGGUAGUCGUCUUUGGCGAGAGUGGUCUCCCCGUGCUGCAGGCGCACCAUGCCGCCCAUCCCACACAGCCGCACCGAGAAGCCGUCCCGCAGCACCAGCACGUGCUGCGGCUUCAGGUUGUUGAGCAGCAGGCCCUUCUGGUGGCACCUGCGCACUGUCUGGGCCAGCUCCAGCGAUAUGCGGGCCUUCUGGUGAGACGUCAAAGGGCGAUCUUCGUGCGUCAGGCGCUGCGUGCAGUGUAAGAGAGAGAGAGGGGCGAGGGAGCAGUGUUCGUGAGAUGGUGUGCGAGGUGGCCAAUGCUGACCUGUGGGAGUGGCUGUGCGGAUGAGGGCAGCUCGAGGGACACGGCAGGUCUGGGGAGAAUGGCGUCCAGGACGUCAUAGACCGACUCGCACUCGGAGUACGCCGGUGCCAGGGAGAGGGGGUCGUCCAGGCAGCUUGUGUACGUCAGACACACACCUGUGGACGGACGGCAUGACCCAUCCGUCCAUGGAUGCGAUGCACCAGGGAGAAGUGUGUGUUAUGCGAGCCCGCCGUGCAUGGCACAGGUACCCUGAGUGGUGAGUGUGUUUGGUAUGGCCCCCUGCUUGCAGUAUCGGAGGUUGAGCACCUCCUGCGUCGCCAACGCAUAUGCAGUCGACAAACUCUCUGCAUACAAGAGGCCGCUCAGCAUAUCGUGUGUAUACGUAUGUCGUGUCUCUGUCGAGUCGCUCACUUGAAGCCUUGCAUCGUAUCUUGUAGACCUUGAGAGCUGACUUGGACUCGCCCGCCGAACUUGCAGACGACACCGAGUACACCUGACCAACACACAUCAACACAUACGCGCACGUCACUCGCACAUUGGUCCAACCAUCUCUGCCCACACGCACCUGUGCGUAUGCGCCCUCCCCGAUGAUGUCUCGUGUGCGGCCCGACUGGUCCGCCGCACUGAGCACCAGGUGGGGGUAGUCGGACAGGUCCUCACGGCACUUGCUGAUCUGUCUCGCUGUCACCCGCAGCAGACGCACCAACUCGUGCCACAAACUGCCAGAAUCAGAGCUCUCCGACGCCUGGCCACCAGAGAGAAAGGCAAAGAUGGUGAUUAAGUGUGUGUCGUGUCGCCAGCAAAUUGCUGAGUGGCUGGGUGACCUCCUUGUAGCCCUGCAGGAGUGAGGCCAUGUUUGAGUCGAGGAAGUGCUUGUCGCUGUCAAAGUUGGAGUCGAAUAUCGUCUCGAUGGAUUCACGCAGCGACUCCACUGACGCCUCACCGCCACACUCACACUGCACACAACAAAGAGGUAGGGGUACUGUACAUGCAUCGACGUGUCCGCAACUCUCACAUCCCUGCAGACCUCGUCAUCAUGGCCAACAUGUGCAGGAGGGCUCUCGGCGGCCACCGAGCAGGCCAUCUCAGAGUCGUCCGAGUCCAAGACGGUCCUCCCUGGCACCUGCGGCCUCCCCUCUUCGCCCCACGACUGCGACGACUCGUCCUCGUAAACCACCGACGGCCAGGGCUCCCACUCGCCCGAUGACCCGUCGUGAUGGUCCUGGUCGUGCUCAUCGUCGCUCUCAGACCUGGCGAAGCUCGUUCGCCAGAACCGCCAGGAGUCUGCAGCUGCUGCAGGUGGUGAGCCGUCCUCCAACGCAUCGUCAGACUCACGUCUGCACCAAUCAAGGAAAGGAGGACAUGUGUGUAUGGUCUGAGUAGCCGGAUACAUCUGGUCUGUUGUGUACCUGGAUGAUCGCAGUCCGCUCGUGAGGGGCUCGUCGGAUGGGGGAGUGCUCCUGUGGGACGGCCGAAUGCCGGAAGGGGUGGAGGUAAGGGUGUCGAGCCGCGAGUAGCCAUGAGCAGAUGACUCCCCGCAAUGGGACUGCUCAUCCGCCGCCCCGCUGUCAAGCUCCAGGGGCAAGAUGUCGUCCAUCCCUGAUGCGGCGGCCGAACAGGGAUACUCCUCGCCACUCAUCUCGUGCGUCUUGAGCCGUACCCUCCGGGCCAGCAGCCACACGAGAGGUUCCAUGCCAAGCCGAAACACAGUCAUGGCAUCUUGAUCACCAAAGGUGCUGUCGUGUCUUGGGAAGCGGAGCAGCCUCAUGAGGAAGCGCACGACGCGAUGAGUAAAGGACAGUGACGCAGAUGGGUUGGAAGGGGGAGAGAGGGGGUGCGUCACGGGGAGGGAAGGCGGAGCGGAGCCGUCGUCACAUGCCAAUUGCGCCUCGUCCGCUGAAGCAACGGACCUCAUCGGAAGAAAACACACGCUGCGCGUCGGUCGAAGUUUGAGCUGACACACGAGUGACGUUUCCUAGAGGAGAUGGUCAGGAUCACUGGCGUAAAAGCCACGCACGCAGAUCUU